AUGAUGCGCCAGGCGAGCGGCGGGAGCUCCGAGCACAGCGACGGCAAGUCCGGUCCUACGAAGGUCAACCUGCCCCUGGAGAAUCCCAAGAAGAGCGACUCGUCCGUCCGGGAAGCGCAGAUGGCGCCCGCUUACGGAGCGCCCUUCGGCAGCCCGUUCGUGCCCUUCGGGUACCAGCCGAUGCCGUACGGUUACUCAACUGCACCGUACGGUCCUGCCAACUUUCAGUCCAGCUACUACAAGUCGGCAGAGCCGAAGCAGUCCAAACCCGGAGCGCCGCCGCCCACUCCGUACGUCCCACAGAACCCGGCCGUCCCCCCGGGCACCGAGCUGCCUAAGGACGGCGUAGGAGCGCCGCCGUCUCCGGCAGCCAACAGCGUCCUCAAAGCUGGUAUCCCGGCUCCUGCGGCCCCCGGCAGCCCUGCGCCGCCUUCAGCUGCCUCGAGUGCACCGGCGUCUUCGCCGCCUGCUGCCGGGGGCCAGGCGUAUCCCCAACCACUGCCCACCUACCAUGCGGACGAUAUGGGCAUCGGAGGCGAGGACGGCUACAGAGCGGCGCAGAGCCCCGUGGGGUUCCCGCCGAACUUCUUCCUGCCUUCGGCGUUUGGCCCAGGCUUGUUCCAGCCGCAGCGGCAGACAGACCCCUUCGGGCUGCCGCCUGGGCAACCACUUCCGCCUCCAGGGCCGCCACCACCACCAUCGGCGCCAGCGCAGCCUCAAGCACCGCCCCCUCCGCAGUCACCGCCACCGCCGCCUCCACAGCCAGAUGGUCCUCCGCCACUGCCACCACUACCGCAGUCCCAGCCUCAGUUCCUACCCGGAACUCAGUUUCCACAGUUUCCUCAGUGGCCUCCGGGAGGACAGUUCCCGCCGGGAGGCCAGUUCCCGCCCAGCCUACCGUUCCCACCAGGAGGCCAGUUCCCACCCAGCCUACCGUUCCCACCGGGAGCCCAGUUCCCACCAAUGAUGCCGCAGUUGCCUCCCGGCUGGCCCACGUCGGGGUCUGGGAACCCUCUGUCGGCGGUGCCGAUACUGUCGCCAGUCCCGACUGGGUUCGUGCCUCUCGGGUCGGGCCCCGUCCUGCCCAUGUCCCUGCCCCCGCAACAGCUGUCGGCGCCGCAGCUCCAACAGGCUCCUCAGCCAGCGCCAGGAGCGCGCUCUGCAGGCCCGGACCACGCGGAGCACUCCAGGUCGUCGCACCUGCUGGAGCCAGCGAAUCUCUUCAAGGCUGCGCGCCACUGGCACCGCCCUCCCACCACGCUCGUGCUGCCGCCGCCCACCACCUAUGUCAUCCCUGCGUCGCCGCCGCCGCCACAGCCUCAGCCGUACCCAUGGAUAUUCGUGCAACAUCUUCCCUUUGGAGUAGUGGAGGCGUGA